AUGGAAAAGCGUAAGAAUUGUGAUUACACCCCACUCACGUCAGAUGCUGGAUCUCUCGAGGAAAAUGCUGGCUUGCUCGGCGGCCGUUCGCCUAUAGAGUUACAAUCGAAUUUUCGCCGUUUGACCAAGGAGUUUCUGCGCCGAGGAGUACUUGCACUGACGCUUUUGUCUUUUUUGUUGGUUGGAGUCGCGGCCUUCUUUGUUGGGCGAGCCUCCAUAAGUCUGGAGGACUGUGGAAAGCGCCUUUCUCCCUGGUCGCCUGGCUUGGAAGCCGUCAACUACUACCAGACAAUGUUUCCAUCCGACUUCAGAGCGCCGUCGCCCUAUCGUGGUCCUCCGAGCAGAGAGCUAGACGACGCUUGGGAUCUGAUUUCCGACCAGGACUUAUACUUGAUGCGAAUGGACCGAGAAGACCUUCGUCGGAUUAACAAGUCUGAAGUUAUGGACAAAGCCUGGGGUUACAGUUACGACCAGGACCCAAACGGUGUCAAAUACAUAUUCGAGGUUUUUCAUCAACUUCAUUGUUUGAACAUCUUUCGAAAGUAUACCUGGCCUGAUCAUUACGAACUCGCCCCUCCUGGUCACGAGGAUGAUCCUGCCUGGAGGCAUGUUUACUAUCGGGAGCACAUAGAUCACUGCAUAGAAUCUUUCAGGUUGUCCAUCAUGUGCAGGGCGGAUGUGACGCCUUUGACGGGCAACAUCAGGCCUGGCAAUGAUCAUGUUAUUCCGGAUCCGAAUGACCCAAGCACACUGCCGGAGCCUGACUUCAUGACGCAGCACACGUGUCGAGACUUUGAGAAGAUUCGUCAGUUUGCGUCGGAAAGGAGAGUUCCAAGAUUUGAUCAACCACCCGGCAGCAUUUAG